UGGCUGACCAUGUCCACGACCAAAUACGCCUGUAAACUGAAAUUCGGUUGCUGACCCAUUCCCAGCCUCAGCUUUCUCAUUGGCACCAGGGGGACAGCACUCCAUCUGUGGGUGUCUCUUUCUCUCUAUGGCUGUCUGUCUGUGGGUGUCUCUCUCUGUCUGUGGGUGUCUUUCCCCAUCUGUGGGUAUCUCUCUCUGUCUGUGGGUAUCUCUCCCAUCUGUGGGUGUCUGUCUCUGUCUUUGGGUGUCUCUCUUUGUGAGUGUCUCUGUCUGUGGUUGUCUCUGUCUGUGGGUGUCUCUCUGUGAGUGUCCCUGUGAGUGUCUCUGUCUGUGGGUGUCUCUCCUCAUCUGUGGGUAUCUCUCCCUGUCUGUGGGUGUCUCUGUUGGCUUCCCCUCUUGUGGGUCUUGCAGGUCGGUCACGCUCCAGACCUUUAGGCCGCAGCCUGCCAGUCUCCGGACCGCUGUGGCAUGGGGUAGCAGACACGCUCCCCAGGGGCAGAUGGUGGUAAUCGCAGAGAUUCUGGAUCCCCAUGUGGGUGAGGUACCAGUAGAAAUGUCUCCAGGCAAACUCCUUCCUGCAGCCUCAGGACCUGAGAGACUGCCUGGCCUUCAUGACGUGAAGGUUGGGCACAUUCUCAUCUGCCAGCUCCGGGUCUUAGGCAGGUGGACAUUCUUCUUGGCUACCGUGACUCCCUCCUUAAAAAGGAGUUCAUAAAUAGCAAUCUGGUUCUUCUUAGGCAUCAACAUCUCUGCGGCUGUAGGGUCCAGGUCCGGGGCUGGAAAGCAUGAUUUUUUUCUAACUGAUCCCUGCU